GGUCUCGGUAAAACUUUACAGACGAUAUCGAUGUUAGGUUUCAUGAAACAUUAUAAGAAUGCAUCUGGACCGCAUCUGGUUAUAACACCGAAAUCAACAUUGCAAAAUUGGAUUAAUGAAUUCGAGAAAUGGUGUCCAUCACUGAAAGCAAUCGCUCUUAUUGGUCAUGCUGAAGCUAGAUCAGAAUUGAUUCGUGAUGUGAUCAUCCCUGGUGGAUGGGAUGUUUUGGUGACAUCCUAUGAGAUGGUGUUAAGGGAAAAGUCCCUUUUGCGUAAAUACGUCUGGAAAUAUCUCGUCAUCGAUGAGGCACAUCGUAUCAAAAAUGAACAUUCAAAGCUGUCAGAAAUCGUGCGUGAAUUCAAAUCAAAGAAUCGUUUACUCAUCACUGGUACACCCCUCCAAAACAAUUUGCACGAGUUAUGGGCAUUGCUCAACUUCCUCUUACCAGACAUGUUCGCGUUUGCAUCUGAUUUCGACAAUUGGUUCACCACCAAUGAAAUGAUCGGUAAUCAAGAUCUUGUUUCGAGACUUCAUCGGGUGCUGAAACCAUUUUUGCUUCGUCGGUUGAAGUCGGAUGUGGAGAAAAGUUUAUUGCCAAAGAAAGAAGUGAAAGUUUACGUUGGUCUGUCGAAAAUGCAACGGGAAUGGUACACAAAAAUUCUAAUGAAGGAUAUCGACGUUGUGAAUGGUGCGGGAAAGCUGGAAAAGGCGCGUAUAAUGAAUAUUUUGAUGCAUCUUCGAAAGUGUUGUAAUCACCCGUAUUUGUUCGACGGCGCCGAGCCGGGACCGCCGUAUACAACCGAUCAGCAUUUGGUGGAUAAUUCCGGAAAGAUGGUUCUUCUUGAUAAACUCCUUCAAAAACUCAAAGAGCAAGGUUUGUGUCAGCUGUUAGUUGAAUUUACUUCGAUCGUCGGUUCUUCGUUAUUCGGAGAUUUUGGUUCUAGUUUGGACGCGUAA